CGUCACAUGCCGUUACAUGUGGAUAAGCGAUCUGUAGUUUGAGUUUGAAUUUCGUAUUUCAGUCGGUUUAGCUGUAGUCAGUUAACUCUGCAUUUUUUUUAAAAAAAGGUUCUCGAUCCUAAGCGCCCACAUUUCAGUUAUAUGGAACGACGCAAGCCGCAAUUAUUUAGAAAAACCGCUGCAGCCAUCUGAACUUGCUAGCCUGAUCGCUAACUACUUUAGCAAAGGAAACGAAAGCUAAAUGUCAUGGAGAACUACAGAAAAGCACGCACAGUUGACCAGCCCUGCCCGUGUCCAUUCCCCGACCUGCCCAGCAACACUCCCGAAGUUCGAGUGAAGGAUGGCAGCAAAAUCCGCAACCUGAUGAGGUUUGCUUUAAGCCGUAUGGAGGAGAAAGCCCCUUUGACAGAUCAUCCAGACACCUGCGAAGGCUCAGAGGUGAGCGUUGGGUUGGGGGAGAAUCUAUGCCGCCAAAUCGUGUUCACAGGUGUGGGUCAGAGCGUGGCUAAAGCCAUCACGUGCGUGGAGAUCAUGAAACGGCGUGUUCGCUGCCUACACCAGCAUACCAAGCUGGCCUACCGCACGGUUCAGGAGGUCUGGGAGCCCCUGGAGCCUGAGGCCGGGUUGGACAGUCUCACGGUCAGCAGAAAUGUACCUAGUGUAUGGGUUCUGCUCUCCAGAGACCCACUUGAUAAGAACCAGCCGGGUUACCAAGCGCCAGGUUCUUUUGAUGCCUUUUGGGCUCAGGCUCUCAAAGAGGAAGCGGCAACCCCAAGACAUGAACAGAAAAGGAAGAGGGGAGGAACAGGGGCUGGAAGGGCAGACGGGGCGGGCCGAGGAAAGGGUCCACGCAAGCACACGGGCCGACCUGGAGGAGCACGUAAACCUCUAGGUCAUGCUGAGGGUGGGCAGGAAUGAAUGAAUUUUGCAGCUUCCUGCCACAGCCUUAGCUUGGUUUAAGUUGCCGGAUAUUCAGUGCCGUAUUUAAUAAGCAGAUUCUUGAGGAUGUCUGUCAUGAAAUAGAUGUUCAGUCCCUGAACAGUUCACCCAAAUUAAAAACUGUGAUCAAAACAUUUUUUGGAACACAAAAGGAGAUUUUCUGAAGGGUUUUUAUGCUGUUUUUCAGUACAACAAUAUUCAAUCGUGAUCACGUUUGUCAAUCUCCAUAAAGCACCAUAGAAGUGGUUUAAAUGACUUGUGUGCCAUAAUCCCAGUCUUCUAAAGCCAUGCAAGUUUUCAAUUAAUACUGACUUUAUUUUUAAUCUCUUUUGCACAAGGAUUCAGAAGACUUGGAAUACAACGCACAAGUUUGACUAUUUUCAUAAUGCAUUUUG